AUGCGAUUCGCGAGGCCCUUAGCGCACUGCGCGCGAGAACCUCGUAUUCUCCACAGCCCCGGCCGCCGCUGCGAGAGCGCGUCAAUCUGCGCGUCCUCCACCUUUGCCACUGAGCGCAGAACAGAGCGCCCACGCUGGCAGAUUCCGCGGCAGGGGCGGGCCAAGGUGGAGAGCCACGCCGUGGUUGUUGAGAAGCAGCUUGUGCGAGGGGGCACGCUGGGGCGCACCCUCUGCGGCCUUCGCGGCCGGACGAGCCAAAUGCGGCCUGGAGGGAUCGGGUGGCCCGACCCCUACUUUAGCAAACGGCUGGCUCAGUCCCAGUGCGGCCCAGCCAAGUCCUGA